CCCUCUCGGCUCUGCCUGGUCCACAGUCUCACACCGACCUCUCUGACUCCGUCCCCCCCGCUCUCUGGACCUCCUUCUCCGGGUGUAAAUGGCUGCAGUGGCGCUGCGGUGCCUCGCUGGAUGGCGGUUAUUAAAAACCAGAAGGUUGGUGAAACUCUCCAGUGUUCCCAGUCUGAAGUUCCACAUCACAGCCUCUCCCAUGAUGGGUGAGGGGCAACGGUUGGAGCAGUUCGAGCAGGCGAAGAACAAAAUGUCGACUCUGAAAGAAGAUCCAGGAAAUGAGGCCAAACUGAAGAUCUACGCUCUGUUCAAACAGUCCACUCAGGGUCCCUGUAACACUCCCAAACCGGGGAUGCUGGACUUUGUGAACAAGGUGAAGUGGGAUGCGUGGAAGUCUCUGGGCUCCAUGUCGCAGGAAGAAGCCAGGCAGCAGUACUGCGACCUGAUAGGCUCCCUGGUGGCGGCGGAGGGCGGCAGCUCCGCCCAGGUGGCCGCACAGCCUGCUGGGAGCGGGCCGACGUACCAGACGCUAUUGGUCACCACCGAGGAUGACAUCACAACCAUCAAACUGAACCGACCGGCCAAGAAGAACGCCAUCACUACCGAGAUGUACAACGAGAUCAUCGCAGCUCUGGACCAGGCGGCGAAAGACGAGUCUGUCAUCACUGUUUUCACUGGUGCAGGGGAUUUUUACUGCAGUGGGAACGACCUCACUAACUUCACUAAGAUCCCAGAGGGGGGGGUCGAGCAGAUGGCCAGACAGGGCGGAGAGCUGCUCAGGAAGUACAUCAAGGCGUACAUCGACUUCCCGAAGCCGCUGGUUGCCGUGGUGAACGGACCGGCUGUAGGAGUCUCUGUCACAGUGUUAGGACUGUUUGACCUGGUGUAUGCUACAGAGAGGGCGACCUUCCACACUCCGUUCAGUCAGCUGGGUCAGAGCGCUGAAGGCUGCUCCUCCUACACCUUCCCCAAAUUAAUGGGCACCGCCAAGGCUUCUGAGAUGUUGCUGUUCAAUAAGAAGCUGACAGCAGCUCAGGCCUGUGAGCUCGGUCUGGUCUCUGAGGUUUUCCCCGACAGCAGCUUCCAGACGGAGGUUUGGACCCGACUGAAGGCCUACGGCAAGCUGCCCCGCAACUGUCUCAGUGUCUCAGGGUCUCAGUGUGACAGCAGCCUGACGAAGCUCUCAGAGGAAUAA